AUGCCUCCUCGAAUAUCUCUCUUCACGACAGCCCGCUCGUUGGCCUUCCGACCCAGUCCCACCGUUGUGCCGCAGAAACGGAUAGCCGCUGUCCCUACUCCCUCUCCAUACCUCCUUCUUCCGGUCCAGAAUCGAUCGGCCAGCGAUGACGCCUCGAAGAAACCCGCCGCCGCGGCGACGACUCCUGUCCAUCCAGACUUCAAGGGUCCGAACAUGGAUCAGUUGCCGCACGUGAGUGAGGAGCAGGCUGCUCUGGAUAAAUCUAUGGGAGGGACGCCGCCGGAUAUCGAACAGGGCACUCCUGUGCAAGAGAUCCUCCAACGAGAUAAAGACGCCCAAGAGAAAGCACCGGAAGUGCUGAAACAGAGCAUCAACGCGGGCAAAUCACCCGCCAACAGCACACCGUCUGGGUCGCGAUCCUUUUCGACCGCCACGAGACGAAACGCCGAAGGUGGUUCAGCCGGGUUGGUCCAGUUUGAAGACACGAGAGCGGUCGGCCUCGAAUAUCCUGAUGCGGGCUUCGGACAUAAAUUCCCUCUCCCGGACAUCGCGAAGUUUCCCAAGACGAAUAAUUUCAGGAAGCGCUACGAUGAGGUCGUGGACCAGGUCACGCGGAGUUUGAUGCGGCAUGGGAAAUUAAGUCAGGCGCAAAAGAAUAUGGACGAAAUCCUCGACAACCUUCGAAAAGCUCCCGCGCCUUCUUCCGGCGCCGAUACCCUCAAGACCAAUCUCCCGCGCGACCAACUCCCUCUUUCGCCCGUCCAGUAUCUGACCGCCAUCAUCGACUCGGUGGCCCCGCUGGUCAAAAUCCGUCAGCAGAAAGGUAUUCUGGGAGGUGGUGCCGCCAUGCCCGUGCCGGUACCUCUGCAACGACGUCAACGCCGACGUGCCGCCAUCCAAUGGAUCCUCGCCGGCGCGGAGAACAGACGAGAUACAAAGCUGGCCGAGCGCGUGUCCAAGGAACUCCUGGCUGUCGCUGAGGGCCGGGGGACGGCGUGGGAGCGAAGAUCGAGACUGCACAAGAUGGCCACCAGUGCUAGAGCCAAUGUUCGCAUUGGCCUGAGUGGGCGUCCUGGGAGGGGGCGGCUGAACUGA